AUAAACGAGAAGCACCGCUCGUCGAUGGGUCGAGAGUGGUGGCCCUCACUGCGGAUGGGUUUAGUGUAGCUUCGGACGCUUUCCAAGACCUGCUACGUUCACUCUACGCCAGCUGACGGAAGAGAUGUCAUCUGCUAGAGUUCCACCACAGCAGCAGCAGCAGCAGCAGCAGGCGCCGGAGUUUUACGGUCCAGACACGCCAACGUUCGAUCUGAGCUGGGACUACAACUACGACAAUGCACUAGCAGCGCCACCGAACAAUGUGCCACCUGUCGUGCACAGUGGCGAGAAUCGAAUCAUCACGGCACAACCACAAUCGCUGCAGCGUGAACGAGACGGCGUAAGCUUACGAAUACCUUCACCUCCACCGGUCGACGCAAUUCGCUCCGUUAACAGCCCCUUUCUAACGCCGUUCUCACCGCGUACCGGGCUCGACUUUCUCUACGGAUUGCCGUCGGUGUUUAUCCAGCAGAGCUACGAGCUGAACGAAUUACUAUCGGGCGUUGCCUCGGACAAUCGGUUCACGGUACGGGGACCCUCAAACGAAGCGCUCUACGGUGCAUCAGAAACGUCCGACCCGAAGGAUCGGUUCUGGGGCUCGCUACGACCGUUCAGCCUGUCGCUUGUGGACCGCAGCCAUCAGGAGGUGCUGCUGUUCAAGAAGAAUCUUGGUUGCGGUGUGUUCUGCUGCUUCUGCAAGAACCAGUUCCUGGAGGUGUGGGCCGCACCGGGCGAGCUGAUCGGUUGCAUCCAGCAGGACUACGGCGUACUGUCGCAGGAGAUCGUGCUGCUGAACAGUGACAUUAACACGAUGUUCCGCAUACCGAUACCGUUCCUGAACGCGCUGCGCAUGCCGAAGGAGACACACUUUCGCGUGCUGGACCGGGACCGGAUGACGCAGAAGGGAACGAUAACGCGCGCCUGGAACGUGAACACCGCCAGCUACACGAACAACAUCUACUACUCCGACCCGACGAUGGACGUCAAGUUUAAGUCGCUGUUCAUAGCGGCCGCCUUUAUGCUGGAAUAUCUUUACUUUCAAUCGAAUUGUUGUUAAUUGCGGACGUGUAUUGUGGACCCCCAUCACCACUGAUGAAGUGAAACACAGGAAAAGCAAUUUCAUACUUAAUUGAGCUGAGCAGAACAUAUUUAUAAAGUACACAUUCUUUCGUAUGAUAAGAAAAUAAACAUUAAAAAUGG